UGUCUGUUUCCGCGCAGCUCGAAAUGAACGAGCAGAACAGGAAAUAUGAAAUAUGAAGACUGGCUAAUGACAGUUUAAAAUGUUUCCUCGUGUUAUAACCAGCUGCUUUUUAAUCACCACCAUCCUUCAAACCGGUCAGUUUGCUCUAAUAGAAACAAAGGAGACUGUUUGGGCAGCAGUGGGAGACCAGGCCUCUCUGAGCUGUCGGCUCACUGAGGAUAAAGAUGUCCUCCAGAUCACCUGGCAGAAAGUUCAUCCUGUUGGAGAGAAGAACCUCGCCACUUACACCAAGAAGUUUGGUUCUAGAGUGAGUUCUGGUCUGGAGGAGAAGAUGGAUUUUCAGUAUGAAUCUCUGCAGAGCUGCUCCAUGGUGAUCAGGAAGGUGACGGAGCAGGAUGAAGGCUGCUACCGAUGUUUGUUUAACACCUAUCCUAAAGGAGCGUUGAUAGGCUGGACCUGCUUAAAACUCUGUGAGCUGCAUGGACCCUUCAUUGAUGUCAGCAGGUCAAACUCUCCUCCAGGGUCGGUUGUGACCUGUUCAGCCACAGGUCGACCUGUUCCCAUGGUAACACUGACUGUUCUCCAUCAGAACCUCAGCUUCUCCCACUACAACACCAGCAGAGUGAGCAACACCAACGGUACCAUCACCUUCACCACUACAGCUCUGCUCUCAGCUCUCAAUACCACACAGGUUGGAUGUUCAGUAUCAGUGCAAACUGCUGCUCUCAGAGAGCUGCUGGUCAUCGUUCCUGGACUCACAGAGACGUCUGGAGAUGCAGGUUUGGAUGUAGAACCUGGUUCAAGUUCCAUUAUUGUUGGAUUGUCUGUGGUGGCUACGUUGUUGUUUGUGGUCUGUGUUUCUGCUCUCAUCUCUCUGCUGCUCAGAAAAUGGGCAGAGAAAAGGGAGAAAGAAAAUGCAUUGGAUUAUUUGGCAAAAGACUUUAGCAGCUGCAAGGAUACAGAAGAGAUGAAUGAUGCUACAGGACAGACAAGGACCAACAUCAGGGAAAGUGAAGAUGCAUCAGAUAUGGACUCUCUUGUUGUGGAAUCUUUUGUGAUUCCCAUGAAAGUGACACAGAACGCACGUCCUUCAUCAUGCCUAACACAUCGCUGCAACAAAGACCAGCCGUCAUCAGAAGAACCAAGAGAAAAAUCUGACUUUGAAAAUGUUAACCAUGAAAAAACUAACUGAGCCACUAGUUAGUGGUGGAAGAGAUGAAACAGCCACACCUGAGGUCAAAGGCUGUGGGAAAAGAACUUAUUGUGAAGUUUGGCUCCUUGUUAAGAUGUUUCCAGGACGUCCUGGAGGGACGACGUUUCUCUGACGGUCUGAGAAUUUGGGAUUCCUCCAAAGGAGCGAUGCCUCCAUGACACGACCCUGGACUAAUAGGAAGAUGAUGGAUGAUUUAAAAGACAUUAAUAAUUUCAACACAAGGUAGAUUUUUUUUAUUAGUUAAAUCACAUAUUUCAAUAUUUCAUUUAAAAUAAAAACAAAUUCCUUUAUGGAGAAUUUUCUUUGCUUUAAUUUCCCCUUUGUAUUCUCAAACAAUUUUCAUUUAUAGUUGUAUUGUUUCAUAGCCAUAAAUAAAGUGUUUCAUAUCAAUAUAUCAUAGAAUUGCAUUUCAGUUUCUUUUCAUUAGUAAGUAGUUAUUCUGCUGAAUUAUGGUAAUAAAAAAAUGUGGGUGAGGCCUUGAAGAAGUGAUUUAUUAAUGUCAGCAAACAUUUUCUGAUUGCAGGUUAUGAAUAAAUGCUCAGUAGAUGCUCAGCUGUUUUGAAACAUUUGCUUUAAAAUCUGAAAAAUGUGGAUAUGAAACAAACAUGUUAACGUACAAAAUAGUGCAAGGCAGAAAUCAACACCUGGGACAAAAACACAUUAACCUGGUCACCAUAUUACAAUAUAACAUCUUAUGUAUGUCAUGAUGUUCUCUUUAAAAUUUCAUAAUGUACUCAAUUUUUCUACUUUCUAAUAUUUUUAGAACUUCAGGGUUUGCUGUCAUUGUUUUCUACCAAACUGAAAAUGAUUGAAAGAUCAGCCAAAGUAAAAAAAAAAAACCCU